CACCGCAAUCGAUCGUUGCCGAAUAUAUCCAAAUUAAUUAAAAAUGGCCGACGACGGCCAAAAUUUUGGAAUUUUGCAAGAUUUACAGGUUCAUUUGCGAACUGCGAGAGUACCGCUUGAAAAUCUGUCCACACUGGUACAAGAAGGGGAUGAGCAGAAAGAGCAGCAUUGUCUGUUGGAUGCACAAAGUCAACAGCUCGUGGAGCGUUUCCUCAGUGAAAAUGUAAAGGUGGAAGGUCAAGGUCAGGCUGUGGUACACAGCCAGCUGUACAUUGCUUGUUUCUGGGGCAUAAGAGAUGUAGUGGAUCACCUACUGCGGAAUGGAGUUGAUCCUAACAGAGCCAACAACAUCACAAAAUGGACACCUCUUCAUGCAGCAACCUUCCAAGAACAUGGACCUAUUGUUAUGAUGUUGCUAGAGUAUGGUGCAAGACCAGAUAGUCCCGACUAUGAAGGGAGAACGCCGAUAGACUUUGCGUCCGCUUCUGACAAGAUCUGGCCCCAUUUUGCAGCCAUGGGCGUGAAACGUGUUUCCAGGGCGGAGCUAGUGGAGAAGAGAGUGCUCAGACCAACAUCUAGUCAUUCAGUGGGUCGGCGAAUUCGACCAUUCAGUCAGGGAAUAGAAAUGGCCUCCUUUGACCGUACUGAGUCUAAGUAUGAGCAUAACAGUGACCCCUUCAUCCACGCUGCAGUUACGGGGGACGUGUUAGCAGACCAGGAACAAGGGGAGACUACUUCUACCAAUGCAAGUUCCAGUCAACAACCACGGUUCUCUAUCUGGAGAUGAGACUGUAUAGGAAGAGUUGUGACUAGAAGCUGAAGAAAAGGGUCGCUGGGGAUCAAGGAACAUUCCAUCUGAUGGAGAUUUCACCUGGUGGAAAAUGUUUUGACUUGUCGUUCGGAUGGAUUCAGUUGACCUUUGGUUACAUGUUUAUGGCCAAUAUUGACUGUAAUUGCCUUGCAUGAGUAUGGGAGCAGUGGGAUGUAUUAGCUGUGGAACUGUACAUUGAUCUAUGCUGGGCGACAGAUAUGGAGUGUAUUUGCGUAAACUCUUAUUUCUAGUACACUUUUUUUUUAGUAAAUUUAAAAUUCAAUGCAUGAUUAAACUCAAAUUUUAUACUGAAUACUCCUUUUUCAAACAAAUUGGGUAAAGAUAAGUCAAUGUUCAUGUUUAACCCUUUCCCUCUCAGAAGCAAAGUGAAAAUGGCUAUGUUCAAACAGCAUAAAACCAGAACAGCCUGCGAGUAGCUCCCUGUCUGUUCAGGUUUUAUGCUGUUUGAUGCUCAUCAGUUUCUAAGAGUUGGAAUAGAAGCUUCUAAAACUUAAAUCUAGUAAAAAAAGGUCUUUAAUUAAAUUUAACCUGCCAAGGGACUACAAAUGCAUCAAAAUAAGUAUCUAAGUGGUAUAGGGUCAAGUUGUAGUACUAGUAAUUCAGCAAAAUAUAAAUUUGACUGUGGCAAAAUCCUUAGCUUCUGCAUAAAUGUAAGUAUAGCUUUUGGGAUUGUAUCAAAAUUGUUGAUUCCCAGGAUGUGAAAGCAUUUGAUGUUUGAGUGAUUUACACAUACAUUUUAAGUUAACAUUAAUCAUUCUUUGGUAUUGGCAAUCACAGUGUCACUGUUCUCUUGUGAAUGAGAAUAUCCCUUGGUUGUUAAAUUUUCAUUUGGUCAUUUUGCAGGUUUUAGAACUUUUGUUGUGUUUGUCAUAAGCAGCAUGAAAAUGUGUUGGCUUGUGGGUGGGUCAAAGAUUGUGACAAAAAAUAAGAAGUUUUUAUUGAUAUGAUGAUUAAUUAAUUAUACAAAAUGUAUCAGUUGUUUUUUAUGGAGCAAAAAUGUGACUGUUUGCAUGGUCUUCAUUGUAUCAUAUAAAAUUAUCAUGCUUUUGGUGAAUGUGUUAAAUGAAUAAGAUGCAGUUAUUAUAUCAGUAUAAAAGCACUUGAUCCUGAGAGAAGUAUGAGAUAAUGUUAUAUUUCAAUGCACCAGGAUUUAUGUUUUGGUGAUGCAAAAAUUAUGUUUCUGCCAUAUGCAGCCAGGGUAGUUCCUGACCAGCCUGCGCAUGUGUCUAGACUUUAAUGCUGACAAAGUAGCUUCUGACUGGACUGGGUGACUGUGCAGGCUGGUCUGGAACUACCCUGGCCUCAUGUUGCAUAAGACCCAUUUUUACCUAAAGCGAGUUUUAUAUGUUCUGUUAUUGAUGACCCUACUUUACUUUGCAGCAUGUUUCCUUAUUAUAUGAAGUUUUGCAAUUGUGAUUUUUAUCAUCGUUUUUAUACGCCCGUAUAAAAUACGGGACGUAUUAUGUGAAACCCCUUGGCGGCGGGCGGGCGGCGGGCGGCGGGCGGAAGGCAUCACUUUGUCCGGACUCUAAUUCAAAUUGUAUUCAUCCGAUCUUCACCAAACUUGGUCAGCAGUUGCAUCUAGUUGAUAUCUAGGCCAAGUUCGAAUAUGGGUCAUGCCGGGUCAAAAACUAGGUCAUAGGGUCAAUAAGUGCAUUUUCAAAGGGGCCACUUUGUCCGGACUCUAUUUCAAAUUGUAUUCAUCCGAUCUUCACCAAACUUGGUCAGCAGUUGCAUCUAGUUGAUAUAUAGGCCAAGUUCGAAUAUGGGUCAUGCCGGGUCAAAAACUAGGUCAUAGGGUCAAUUAGUGCAUUUUCAACGGCGCCACUUUGUCCGGACUCUAAUUCAAAUUGUAUUCAUCCGAUCUUCACCAAACUUGGUCAGAAGUUGUAUCUAGACAAUAUCUAGGUCAAGUUCGAAUAUGGGUCAUGCUGGGUCAAAAACUAGGUCACAGGGUCACUUAGUGCAUUUCAAGCAUUUAGCAUGGUGUCCACUCUCUAAUUGAAGUAGUUUUCAUCCAAUCUUCACCAAACUUGGUCAGAAGUUGUAUCUAGACAGUAUUUAGGUCAAGUUGGAAUAUGGGUCAUUCCAGGUCAAAAACUAGGUCACAGGGUCACUUAAACCAUUUCAAGCAUUUAGCAAGUGCUCUCUAAUUGAAGUAGUUUUCAUCCGAUCUUCACCAACUUUGGUCAGAAGUUGUAUCUAGACAAUAUCUACAUGUAGGUCAAGUUCAAAUAUGGGUCUUGCCAGGUUAAAAACUAGGUCACGAGGUCCCGUAGUGCAUUUCAAGCAUUUAGCAUGGUGUCUGCUCUCUAAUUGAAGUAGUUUUCAUCAGAUCUUCACCAACUUUGGUCAGAAGUUGUGUCUAGAUGAUAUGUAGGUCAAGUUCAAAUAUGGGUCAUGGUAAAGUUAUCAAGUUGUCCAAAGUCUUAAAACGGGCGUAUCUUGUGACAGUUUGGCACUCUUGUUUAAAAUAACAAAAUGUAUGCCCAAUUUUCAAAUGAUCAUUUCCGUAAUUAUUUUUGUUUGUAUUGACAUCAUAAACAACAAUAUUGUCACGUAAUCAUUCAUAGUUCAUGGACAACACAUAGUUACUAGCAAUGUUCAUUACUCUUAAAUUACUGGUGUGUAACCUAUCAUUCGAUAUCUCGUCAUGCGCGUAUUGCCAAGAUGACGAGUUUUGCAUUAACUACCAUUUUCUCGUGCCGCGCAUGGGACAAGUCCGUCCCUCACUAUUAAUGUUAAUUUCUCUGCAUAAUGUAGGAUAAAAUAUUCAACAACACCAUAUAUCAGUUUCUAGUCCAAUUUAAUGUCUGACUUAACUAAUAUUUCAGUUAUACAAAUACGCUGUGAUUGCUACAUGAUUGUGUCUUUUUAUGUCCCCCACUAUAGUAGUGGGGGACAUAUUGUUUUUGCCCUGUCUGUUGGUCUGUUGGUCUGUCUGUUGGUCUGUCUGUUGGUCUGUCUGUUUGCACCAACUUUAACAUUUUGCAAUAACUUUUGCUAUAUUGAAGAUAGCAACUUCAUAUUUGGCAUGCAUGUGUACCUCAUGAAGCUGCACAUUUUGAGUGGUGAAAGGUCAAGGUGAAGGUCAUCCUUCAAGGUCAGAGGUCAAAUAUAUGUGGCCAAAAUCGCUCAUUUUAUGAAUACUUUUGCAAUAUUGAAGAUAGCAACUUGAUAUUUGGCAUGCAUGUGUAUCUCAUGGAGCUGCACAUUUUGAGUGGUGAAAGGUCAAGGUCAUCCUUCAAGGUCAGAGGUCAAAUAUAUGUGGCCCAAAUUGCUUAUUUUAUAAAUACUUUUGCAAUAUUGAAGAUAGCAACUUGAUAUUUGGCAUGCAUGUGCAUCUCAUGGAGCUGCACAUUUUGAGUGGUGAAAGGUCAAGGUCAAGGUCAUCCUUCAAGGUCAGAGGUCAAAUAUAUGUGGCCCAAAUCGCUUAUUUUAUGAAUUCUUUUGCAAUAUUGAAGAUAGCAACUUGAUAUUUGGCAUGCAUGUGUAUCUCAUAGAGCUGCACAUUUUGAGAAGUGAAAGGUCAAGGUCAUCCUUCACAAGGUCAAGGUCAUCCUACAAGGUCAAACGUCAUAUAGGGGGACAUUGUGUUUCACAAACACAUCUUGUUUCCAUCUGUACACCUCUAGGUCUAAACGCUAACUGAACUAUUUCCCUUUAACAUUUGCCCCAUGAAACUCAGUUAUGAAUCCCAUUGGUCAGUCUUCUAAAUGAGCUGAUUGGCUAGAUUACCAUUGGUCAGUCAAUGCGUUGCUUGACCAAUACAAACAUACCCGGCCUUGUGUCAACUAUACUAUUCUUGAAUCUCUCCCUCAUCGAUAAGCUUAUUUGAACAUAUGUGCACUUUGUGACUGUCAUGUUUACUGGCCCUUUUGAUAAAAUUUUCAAUAUUUCUUACAUGAGGUAAACCCACAUAUUCCACCUACAAUUUCUAACCAUAAUGUGACAAUAUACAUCUCUGUAACUACAACAUGAAGAAAGGUCCCCUUGGCGUAUAAGGCUAUGGUGUCAACCUAGCAAUCAUGAGGUCAUGGGUUUCAAUAGCGGAGCUUUCUUUAGAUCUCUCCCAUAGACAUCAAUAACCAGCUCUAGUCCCAGAAACCGACUAGAGAAAAUUACAAUAAGCCUUAGGCUUUCGAUGCAAUCAAGCUAGAAUAAAUAAAAUGUUUAAACUAACUGCAACUACAGAAUAGUUUUAAUUGUUAGUAAGUUUUUUAUCAGCCCACUACUUGGUUUCAUCAAAUGUGUCUUGUUCUGACAAAACUGGGCAUAAUGCAUGUGCGUAAUGUGCCGUCCCAGAUUAGCCUGUGCAGUCCGCAUAGGCUAAUCAGGGACGACACUUUUCGCUUAAACUUGAUUUUCGGUAAGAAGGGACUUCCUGUUAGUAAUUUUUUUAUCAGCCCACUACUUGGUUUCAUCAAAUGUGUCUUGUUCUGACAAAACUGGGCAUAAUGCAUGUGCGUAAUGUGCCGUCCCAGAUUAGCCUGUGCAUCCCGCACAGGCUUAUCAGGGACGACACUUUCCGCUUAAACUUGAUUUUCGGUAAGAAGGGACUUCCUUUAAACUAAAAAUACCAUAAAAGCGGAAAGUGUCGUCCCUGAUUAGCCUGUGGGGACUGCGGACUGCACAGGCUAAUCUGGGACGGCACUUUACGCACAAGCAUUAAGCCCAGUUUUCUCAGAACAAGACACAAAUCACGAUCCUGGGCUUAUAACUGGCCACACCCAGGGGGUAAUAUUGGUAUUAUUCACUUGAAUAGCAAAAAAAAUUAUAAUUAUUUUUCCUUUGAAACCACAAGACCUUAAAGUUUAGUAUUUGUUUUUUUUAACAAUAUAUUCUGGUUCUCUACGAACUUUGUUUAAAAAAUGCUUUAUGGUGUAAAAACUGGCCAUGUUGCAUGGUCCAAUUUUCAAUUAUUACAACCUGCGUCAUUUUUCUACAUGCGGCGUUGUGGGGUAUUGAGCACAGUUAAAUGUCCGUGUUUGUGCUUAAAGUUAUGUGCCUGAGAAAAACAAAAUAAUUUAUUAAUAGUAAUUUAUGUGUACAGCAUGUUUUGCACUGUCCUUAUUUUGUUUAUGCUUUUCAUAACAUGACAGUUCAUGUAUUUGUUAUCCGUAUAUUGUUGUAUGAAUUGUUGUUAAAUGCAAUAAUAAAACUGAGAUUCA